CGAACUGUUGGACUUGCAUAAAAACUCGUCAAAGAUACUCUUACAAACCUCACUCACGAACAUGCCUCUUCACCGCUUCUACAUUCCUGUCGGAUUGUAUUCCAAAGAGGAUAAAACUGCUGUCGUCAAAGCCGUCCAGCAGUGCUACCCCAACUUGCCCAAAUUCUACGUUGUCGUGAUCUUCAUUGAGGUCGACAAGGAGAAUUUCCACGUCGGAGGGGAGGCCACCGACAACUUUGUCCGCAUAGUUGUGCACCAUAUGGCCGCCCAUUUCAGUGAUGAGUACAAGAAAGAGUUCAGCGAGGGAUACAACAAGGCAUUGGAGCCGUUCAUAAAGGCACGAGGUGCCGACUGGGAGAUACAAAUCGCGGAGAUGGACCGAGGCAUGUGGGUGAUGAAUGGCAUCAACCCCCCGCCGUAUAAGUCAGAAGCAGAAGCCCUCUGGUACAAAGAGAACCGACCUUCGGAGUACUAAAUUCUGCUCAGAGGAGAAAGCGAGUGCCAAUAAUGUAUAAUAUACAUAC